AUGGAAUUGUGGGUGGAUUCAGAUGAUUCACAUGUGUCUGGGAUCUAUUACUUCAAUGGCCUUAUAAACAGUUUCGAGAAUAUAGCACCCAAGCUUCGAUCAGCAUGCGAUGCAUGCCAUGAAGCGAAGGUAAAAUGUACAGGAGGAACACCUUGUGUACACUGUAAGAAUCAUCAUCAUAACUGUCAUUACAGUUUUGCAGCACGUAUUGGGAAGCCCAAGGGCAGUCGCAAUCGGAAGACUCUUGCUCGCUUGCGAGAAGCUGCUUUCCAUGCAGCAAAGUAUCAAACAAGCUGUCCUACACCUCCAUAUGCCUUUAAUCCAGCUCCUCUCAGCGUCUCUCCUCAUUCUAUCCCUUUAACACCGGAUUGGAUUACUCCUGAGUAUUCGAUGCCGACAAUGCAGAAUACAUCCUAUGCACCUUACAUCUGGAUAUCACCACAACCGACACCAACGCCGCCAGAGAAUAUUGACAUGAGGCUAAGUGCACUGCAAGUACACGAUAACUUGCUAAUGUACCAACAACAACAAACAUCCCUAACACGACCAUUCGAGUCCCAUCCACACAGUUCACAACUUAUCACAACACCGGCAAAUACCGGGAAUACAGACUUUAUUUUACCGUCCCAAGAGGCGAAUAACUAUACAGCAACCUGGCAAGCACGCGUACCAACAUGUGACUGUUUCCACUGGCAAACUUCGAAUCUGGUCUCACUCCAUGCGCUCAAGUCAUCGGCCGGCAUAAUGCAGUACAGUACAUUCGGCGAAUUAUUGCAGUACCUUACCACGACAAUUGUUGCAUGUCAUCAAACUGUGGCAUGUCAAUCAUGCGAGAAGAGUUCAUCCAUGAUGCAUCUCCUUAUUGCAUCCUUACAGAUGGUAUUCGAUCAUCUAGAAGCCCUUCUUUCCAACCCGCACUCUGAGCAACAGAAGAUCAUUAAGAUGAUGCAGAUUCGUCACAUGCUUAUCAAGACUCAGAAUACGCUAAAGAACAUCCGGGAAACUGUCCUCCCCACUCAGCAGAGGUUCUCCAUAGACUCUGCAAUAUCUGGAUUUGGGGAGAUAGCAGCGGGUUCUUCGAGCGACCCAGAUUGUCUUUACCAAUCUGUCGAUAAGCUUCAAGGGGAGAUAGGAUCUCUUCUUAGUACAAUUGGCACACGACAGGCUUAG